AUGUCAGUUCGAAGCACCGUGCGAUUCCGCCUAGCAUCAGGAAGCCAAUACCUCGGCCUUCGCAGGCCCGUCCCUUCCCUCGACCGCCUGAAAGCAUCAGACCCCGACGGCAAGUAUCCGAAGAUCCAGGAAAUGAUCCGCAACUACAAAGAGCCAGAAUGGCUCAAUGACUAUAAGGAAGCCAUCGAUGACCUUCGUAAUAGAGAAAUAAACGACUACUACUAUCGUAGACGUUUAGAAACCGCGAAGCCGAAACAAAACCUCGUAUCCGACCAAUUCCAGUAUCUGUUCUGGGCAGCUGCCGACCCUGGUAUUGCAGGCCAUGUCUCCCUUGUUGAAAAAACCGAUUCAAUAGAUUGGGAAACUACUAUUCAAUCAGGCCCCUCAGAAGCAUGGAAGCUCAAAUACGACACACCCUACGAGUUCAAGAAGCCCGGAUGGGGCGAUAAUAUCCUCCUCGCGACCCCGUCCAUCUCGGGCUACUACCAUAAAGUUCUUCUGGCGUCCGGAGAGCGCAGCUACCUAAGCUCAUACAAGGAUUGGAAUGUAGAUGGGAUCAAACCUGGACCCAAAUUCAGCUCUCAUUUUCGGUUUCAGAAGCUUUCCGAUAGUACGUCUAGCUUCCUGAAGAACGGGGACAGUGUGUAUAUAGAGAUAACCACGCCAGACGAUGAGGCCAGUGGAAAGGAGCGUCUGCGAUCCAAGGUCUCUAAAAUUCUGAAGCAUUCGCUCGGAGGUGAGGAGUGGACCGAGGAGAUGAAGUUGUCGCGUCUUGCUUUUAGAUUUGAGGUAGUCCCACGGGACUGA